UCGCCUCACUUAUGCUGCGGCGAUCCGUUAGUUGGCUGUUCGCGAGCAAACCUUGCAUACCAUGCGAUAAACGUAAAAAAAACAACGCUCCAAAUUCAAAAUCUGACGUGCGUUCGAGCGGCAAAAAUGAGGCGGUUCCUGGUUAUAUUGCUGUUGUUUUUUGUGAUCACUGUGUGUGAAAUGAAGAAGCAGAAGCUGGAUUAUCCGACAAACAAGCAGCUGACUUUGCAAAGGAAGGAGACUACCCCGGUGGAUUUCACGAGGUUGCUGAUGAUGAGGCUGGUGUACGGUCUCGCUAAAGCCCUGGGCUUCUCGGAGCCCGUGAGUGAGUUCCUGAAUGGUGCCUUCGUACCCCCCGGAGCUGAAGACGAUGAUGACUUCGAUGAUGAUGAUGACGACCUAUUUGAUGAUUACUAAGUGGAGUGCAGUGUAUUCUCUAUUUAUCUGGAGGUUUCGGGACUAGCAAUGUUUUAUGGACAGUUUCUUUUAAAUAGAAAUCAUUGAAAUCAAGAUAGCUAACACCGCUUUCAACUAAACGAGGAAAACAUUUUAGUAAGUAAUAAUUGGAAGCAAAUUUUUAG